AUGCAUACGACUAUCUUUUGCUCUAUCUUGAUGACUGCACAUAUGGUCUACUUCGUAGAGGCGAUCAGAUGUCAGAGCUGUUUCAAUUAUAAUGGAUUGGCAUGUGUCUCCAAUCCGGUUUGUAAUGGAGAGUACUGUCUAUUUGAGCAAAUACUGAGACCAAAUGGUGUGAUCUCCGUGAAAAAGACAUGCUUGGCCAACGGUCAAUAUCAGUUCGACGAUGGUAUAGUGAUUACUAACCUGAACCAGUGUGUCGCUAGGUGGGUGCUUCCAUCUCAAAGUUAUUCAUUCAUUUCAGUCCCUUUCUCUGACUUGACUGUACGUUUAUCUGAGCCGAAUUGGUGUUUCGAAGGGUUAUGA